AUGCGCCCUUUCGGACGUGAAUUUCACCCAGAUCCAUCCUCAGCCUGCCUCGGCGGCCUCACCGCUCCGGAGAUAUGUCAGCAGAGCUACGUUCACGCCCAGGGCGCAGUACAGUACAGCCAUCUUGCCGGAUCCCUAGCGAAACCUUCGGCCACUGGAGGAGCAGCCCCCCACGCACCAAAUAUCAUUAUCUUCGGCGAAUCUGGGGUCGGAAAGAGCUCUCUUGUGAACAUGCUUUCCGAAGGUGCAGUGGAACCAGCCGCAGUCUCGAACCAAGCCCUCGGGUGUACAUUCGAGACGCAGCGCUACAGGGUCACCCUUGACAAUCGGGAGUACAUCCUGUGGGAUACCGCGGGGCUUAACGAGGGCUCCAAGGGCACAGUGUCCGAAGAGAAGGCUUGCGAGAAGUUAGUGGAGCUUCUUCAGCAGCUCAAGGGCGGCGUCAACCUACUUGUGUACGUCCUGCGCGGGAACCGGUUCCGCGGCAUCGUCAAGAUCAACUACGAGAUCUUCCAACGCGUCAUAUGUCAGAGGAAGGUUCCGAUUGUCCUCGUUGUGACGGGCUUGGAGAACGAGAGCCCGAUGGAGAAAUGGUGGGUGGAGAAUGAGGAAGACCUGCAGUUAAAUGGACUGCACUUUUUUCGGGCCACGCGUGCGUCACGACGACGAAGGGAAAGAAGAUGA